AUGGCGAGUUCUGUUGCGACGCACUUGUCAUGGCCUUUCUCCAAACUGCACAGGCGCCGAAGCACUCCUUUUUUAACAAACUCUAAUUGCAAGCACUCGUUGUUUACGAACCGUAGGGAACUGACUGUAAAAUCCGUCUCUGUAGCUGCUUCUCUCUGCUUGUUUUGCACUAUGAAUAUCGAUGCGUACGCCACAAACAAGGGUGAUUCUACGUUGCGUGAAUUGUGUCGAGGUCACGUACCUGAUCACGUCAUCACCAGGGCGGAGGAGGUUGGAUAUGUGAUUCCAACAGAUGUUCAAUGCGAAGCUCUGCCGGUCUUAUUUUCUGGGCGUGACUGUGUGCUUCAUGCUCAGACAGGUUCAGGAAAGACCCUGGCAUACCUGUUGUUGAUAUUCUCUGUUAUAAAUGCAAAGAGAUCGGCUGUUCAGGCCCUGAUUGUUGUGCCCACUAGGGAGCUUGGCAUUCAGGUCACAAAAGUUGCACGAAUGUUGGCUGCUAAUUAUUCAGAACUUGAAGCAGAUCACAAGUCUUGCACUGUUAUGGCUCUUUUAGAUGGUGGAACGUUGAGAAGACAUAGGAGUUGGUUAAAGGCGGAGCCCCCUGCAAUUGUGAUUGCAACCUUGGCAAGUCUAUCCCAAAUGCUUGACAAGCAAAUUUUCAAGUUGGAUGCCAUGCGAGUGUUGGUUAUUGAUGAGGUUGAUUUUCUGUUCAACUCUUCCAAGCAAGUGAGUUCUCUGCGGAAGCUUUUGACCACUUACUCAUCAAUCCAUAUGCGUCAAACCAUAUUUGCUAGUGCAUCAAUUCCUCAGCACAGACGAUUUCUGUAUGACUGUAAACAGCAGAAAUGGACCAAGGCUGAUGUUGUUCAUGUCCAUAUGAAUCCAGCUGAACCUAUGCCAUCAUGCUUGUCUCACAGAUUCGUGAUAUGUGGUAAAACAGAGAGGCAUUCGUCAUUGCUACAUUUAUUGCUGUCAGAUACACCUCAAUCUGCCAUAAUUUUUGUUGGAGAACAAUCUGAGAAGUCAAAGAACGCUGGAAAUCCUGCACCCGUGACUCUUCUAGUUGAGUUUUUGAAGAAUUCACGUGUGGGGUGCUCGGAAAUAAUUUUACUGGAGGAAAACAUGAAUUUUAAUGAACGAGCAACAUCCUUAACUGAUGUUAGGCUAGGAGGAGGCUAUCUUCUAGUUGCAACAGAUAUAGCAGCUAGAGGUGUUGACCUGCCAGAGACAACUCAUAUAUACAACUUUGAUGUACCAAAAGAUGCAGUGAAUUAUCUUCACCGAGCUGGAAGAACAGGUAGGAAGCCAUUCUCAGAUAGCAAAUGUUUUGUUACCAGCAUUAUAACAUCAGAAGAACGUUUUGUAUUGCAGAGAUUUGAAAAUGAGUUGAUGUUUCAUUGCGAAGAGUUAUUGUUGUAA